AUGGCCUCGCUGGACCUGCCCUACCGCUGCCCGCGCUGCGGGGAGCACAAGCGCUUCCGGAGCCUGUCGUCGCUGCGCGCGCACCUGGAGUACAGCCACACCUACGAGACGCUCUACAUCCUCUCCAAGACCAACAGCAUUUGCGACGGCGCCGCCGCUGCCGCCGCCGCCGCCGCAGCCUCGGGCUUCCCGCUGGCGCCCGAGCCCGCCGCCCUGCUGGCGGUGCCCGGCGCGCGGCGCGAGGUCUUUGAGAGCACGUCCUUCCAGGGCAAGGAGCAGGCGGCCGGGCCGUCGCCCGCAACGCCACACCUGCUGCACCACCACCACCACCACCACGCGCCCCUUGCCCACUUCCCGGGCGACCUGGUGCCCGCCAGCCUGCCCUGCGACGAGCUAGCCGAGCCGGGCCUCGUGCCCGCCGCGCGCUACGCGCUGCGCGAGAUCGAGAUCCCGCUGGGAGAGCUGAUCGCGCGCAAGUCGGUGGCGUCCUCGGCGUGCUCGACGCCGCCGCCCGGGCCCGGCCCCGGCCCCUGCCCCGGGCCGGCCUCAGCCUCUCCCGCGUCGCCCUCGCCGGCCGACGUGGCGUACGAGGAGGGCCUGGCGCGCCUCAAGAUCCGCGCGCUGGAGAAGCUGGAGGUGGACCGGCGGCUGGAACGGCUGAGCGAGGAGGUGGAGCAGAAGAUCGCGGGCCAGGUGGGCCGGCUGCAGGCUGAGCUGGAGCGCAAGGCGGCGGAGCUGGAGACGGCGCGCCAGGAGAGCGCGCGGCUGGGGCGCGAGAAGGAGGAACUGGAGGAGCGCGCCUCCGAGCUCUCGCGCCAGGUGGACGUGAGCGUGGAGCUGCUGGCCUCGCUCAAGCAGGACCUGGUGCACAAGGAGCAGGAGCUGAACCGAAAGCAGCAGGAGGUGGUGCAGAUCGACCAGUUCCUGAAGGAAACAGCGGCGCGGGAGGCCAGCGCCAAGCUGCGGCUGCAGCAGUUCAUCGAGGAGCUGCUGGAGCGGGCGGACCGCGCCGAGCGGCAGCUGCAGGUCAUCAGCAGCAGCUGUGGCAGCACGCCCAGCGCCAGCCUUGGCCGCGGAGCUAUGGGCGCCGGGCCCCGGGGCCCAGGCCGAAUGCGAGAGCACCACGCAGGCCCAGCCGUGGCAAGCACGUACGCGGUGUCACGGCAUGGCUCUUCUCCCAGCACAGGAGCCUCCAGUCGCGUGCCAGCUGCAUCCCAGAGCUCAGGCUGUUAUGACAGUGACAGUCUGGAGCUGCCCCGGCCAGAGGAGGGGCCCCCGGAGGACAGCGGCCCUGGGGGCCUGGGCACAAGGGCCCAGGCUACCAAUGGGGGCUCCGAGCGCUCCCAGCCCCCUCGAAGCUCCGGCCUGCGGCGCCAGGCCAUUCAGAACUGGCAACGCAGGCCCCGCCGACACAGCACAGAGGGCGAGGAGGGGGACGUCUCGGAUGUGGGCUCACGAACCACCGAGUCGGAGGCCGAGGGCCCCUCAGAUGCCCCCCGCCCUGGGCCUGCUGUGGCUGGGCCGCUGAGCAGCUGCCGGCUCUCAGCCCACUCCGAGGGAGGCAGUGGGCGAGCUCGGCGAGCCGAGAGGGGCAGCCCCUCGCGCUCCAACGAGGUCAUCAGCCCGGAGAUCCUCAAGAUGCGCGCGGCGCUGUUCUGCAUCUUCACCUACCUGGACACGCGCACGCUGCUGCACGCUGCCGAGGUCUGCCGGGACUGGCGCUUCGUGGCCCGCCACCCCGCCGUGUGGACCCGGGUGCUGCUGGAGAAUGCUCGAGUCUGCUCCAAGUUCCUGGCGAUGCUGGCCCAGUGGUGCACCCAGGCCCACUCGCUGACACUGCAGAACCUGAAGCCCCGGCAGCGAGGGAAGAAGGAGAGCAAGGAGGAGUAUGCCCGGAGCACCCGGGGCUGCCUUGAAGCAGGGCUGGAGUCCCUGCUGAAGGCGGCCGGCGGGAACCUGCUGAUCCUGCGCAUCUCCCACUGUCCCAACAUCCUCACCGACCGUUCGCUCUGGCUGGCCAGCUGCUACUGCCGCGCCCUGCAGGCUGUCACCUACAGGAGCGCCACAGACCCUGUGGGCCAUGAGGUCAUUUGGGCACUGGGCGCAGGCUGCAGAGAGAUCGUCUCCCUCCAGGUGGCGCCACUUCACCCCUGCCAGCAGCCCACGCGCUUCAGUAACCGCUGCCUGCAGAUGAUCGGCCGCUGUUGGCCCCACCUCCGGGCCCUGGGGGUUGGGGGUGCCGGCUGUGGGGUACAGGGCCUGGCAUCACUCGCAAGAAACUGCAUGCGGCUGCAGGUCCUGGAGCUGGACCACGUGUCAGAGAUCACCCAGGAGGUGGCGGCCGAGGUCUGCCGGGAAGGCCUGAAGGGGCUGGAGAUGCUGGUGCUCACGGCCACCCCAGUCACCCCCAAGGCCCUGCUGCAUUUCAACAGCAUCUGCCGAAACCUCAAGUCCAUUGUGGUCCAGAUUGGGAUUGCUGAUUAUUUCAAAGAGCCCAGCAGCCCUGAGGCCCAGAAGCUGUUUGAGGACAUGGUGACAAAACUCCAGGCUCUGCGGCGGAGACCCGGCUUCUCUAAGAUCCUGCACAUCAAGGUGGAAGGCGGCUGCUAACCCGAGUAGGGGGCGGCAGGGCCCC